GAAGGAUGCCACAAAAGGACUCGAUGCUCGUGCUCGAGCUCACCAGGAAGUGGUACGUUCAGUAUCGCAUUAACAUUGAACAGGCGCGCACCUGACGGGUCAGUUAGGGAAAAACACUUGAAGUUAGGCCGCGAAUGGACAGUCAACGUGAACGUGCUCAGUAGUCGGAAGUUUUGUCGUUCGGGCGGGUGUUUCGGUUUUUUUCUUUGGCCUUUGGCAGUAGGCGGUGGGUGAAAGGUAUCGAAAUCGAAUAGUGAUCGUCGUGUGUGGGUAUCAUACACACACGCACAUGUAAGUGCCCUAGGGCCGUGUAUCGUGGUGGGAGUUUGGGCUUCGUGGGGUAACACGGACAGCCCAGCACGUGCUGGCACAUGUUUGUUCUUCAAACAGAUUGUGUUUCGGCGCGAAAUUGAACCUAGAACGAGUGUUUUGAUCGAAUCAACGCUACUCAUCACAAUAAAUCAAGCCUAUUGCUGUCAGCCGUGCCGUUGUAAGUUGAUAGGUGCGCCAGCGCGCCACACCGUAAAUCGAUGUUGUGGUGCGGUGAAAAACGCGUUCGCACAGCCCGGUUAAGAAACAACAGACAACACCACACUGACAGCAUUGUUUUCGCCUGUCAAAAGCAUCUGACGCGGUGGGCAGUGAGGGCGGAAACCAGGCGGUGGUCCAGAAUAACAACAAUGGUGAUGGUGUUGUUGGCAGCAGCAGCAGCAGCAGCAGCGAAAACAACGCUCGGCAACCGCGACAGUUCGGAAGAGCAAACAAAUAAACAACAUGGAAGUGAAAUAAAUUCAAACCGAAAUUGAAACGAAUCUGUGCACGCUGUGGCGAAGCAUGCGAAACAUUACCGCUUCUGGCACCAAUACAGCUACCAAACACGCGGUGCGCCCGGUGUGCUACAUUUGCGAUCGUGCAGACGUGAUACGGCUCGUACGUGUGAGUGCUUUUUUUUGGUAUGCGUGUCUGUAUGGGGAAGUGUAUGUGUGUAGUAUCCGUUCGGAACGUGGGAAAGAGCGUUGUGUGCCGGUGUGUGUGUGAUCACAGUGAAUUGAAAGCCCCGUUUCGGGAGGAUUAAACGCGCCAAACCCUUGCGUUGGUGCCGGAUACGGAAGGCGAACGUAUCCCACUCGGGCGCCCACAGUGAACGAAUUCCGCUCAAUCCUCCCCCCCCCCCUACCCCUACGGCUGUUGUGCUAACGAGCCCGUAUACGGAGACUGCACGAUGACUAAUCUCGUUAAUGCCAACCUGGGAUUUAUUGUCUUUGGAUUAAUUUUUGCUUCAUUCUACGGCAGUGCAACGCGGAUAUUUGAUAUUGAAAACAUCCCGGUCGUUAAAUACGUGGCCGUCGCCGGAAGGAACGUUACCAUCAGCUGCCCGGGCGUGAACGAGCACUCGCUAAUCGAUACGCUCAUUUGGAAAACCACACAAACCGUGGCCGAGUACGUUAAUGGGCUGCCGCUAGUAAACAACCCGCGGAUCACUCUACUGCCGGACAACUUCAGUCUGCACAUCAGCCCAACCAGCUCGGCCGAUACGGCGGAGUACACCUGCUUGUUCAACGACCGCCACAGUCCGGAAGCGAUAGCGGAUUUGCUAGUGCAAGAUGUGCCAGACCCGCCGGGGCGACCGCUGGUGGUAAGCUUCACGUCACGUUCCGUCGAUUUAUCCUGGGCCCACUCGCAGGACGCACGGAACGCACCGGUUACGAAUUUCAUCAUCGAAACAAGGGUUGGUGAAAAUGGAGACUGGAAUCAGGUGUCACCGAUCUAUACCAAGUCGAACCUGGCAUCGUAUCAGGUGACGGAUCUGCUCCCGUUCACCGUGUACAGUUUUCGUAUCAUCGCUGUAAACGAGCUCGGGCACAGUGCGCCUUCAAAGGAGUCGUACUACUUCGUUACGCUACGGGAAGCACCGACCGGCAAACCGGUAACGACGAUAGCGCACAACACAUCCGCCACCUCGGUGUACAUCUCAUGGAAACCUCCGCCACCGGACACGAUUUUGGGCGAGUUUCUCGGUUACCGCAUAACGUACCGUACCCGGGACCGCCACGCAGAGGACGUGAAGGAGAUUUACAUUCGCGACAGCACCGUCGAGAGCCACGAGAUCCACAAUCUGGAAACGUAUACACAGUAUCUGGUGUCGAUACAGGUGUUUAAUCCCGAAGGAUUAGGCCCACCGACGACCGUGCUGGUGAUGACCGACGAAGGCGUCCCAACGAAGCCGAGAAACCUGAGCGUGCUGGAAAUAACGUCAACAACGAUCCGUAUCAGCUGGCUCGAGCCCGAAAAACGGAACGGUGUCAUCCACGGCUAUCGGGUUUAUUACGUCUACCAAAACCAAACGCUGCUCCAUCUGCCAAUCCUGAAGAACGACGCGGCCCAAAACUCCGUCUUCUACUACACGCUGACAAACCUGAAGCCCUACACGGAUUAUCGGAUCAUUGUGACAGCGUUCACGCUGAAGUACGACGGCGAACCGUCGGAGGUGUCGCUGCGGACCGACGUCGGUGGGCCGAGUCCGCCGAAGGUGGUGAACCUGACCUGCCAUUCGCUUGACACGCUGUUCUUUAGCUGGCGGAUACCACGCGUCUACCAUUCGUCGAUCGAUUUCUACAUCGUUAACUACCGCAAUCUGGAGUACGACGAUACGCACGAGAUACGCAUCUCGGCCAAUGCGUCCAUCGUCGAGACGUCGAUGGUUAUUCCCAACCUGACGACGAACAGUGCGUACGAGGUGAAGGUCCGUGGAGCGACCGUAAGUACGGUGAAUCCGAAAAAGGUGGUCCUCGGCACCUAUUGUGAACCGAUAAAGAUUACACUACGAGCGAAUUGUGAGCAGUAUCAGCCGCCUCCGCUAAGGCACAAUCCGUACGUCGAUCAGGAGCUCGUCAUUCUGGCCGGUAUCGUGAUCGGUUGUUUCGGGUUGCUGCUAAUCAUCCUGGCGAUAGUGCUGUGGAGGAAAUGUUUCCACGCGUCGUACGAUGCCGGUGACCAGCGGCCAUCGGAACGGAACGACCACAAACCGGUCCAAUCGAAUGGGUGGAAAACGUCCUGCGAUUCGAACGGCAUCGUGCAAACUUCAAUUCCCUCGGAGGAGUACAUCAAUGGACAGCAGCAAGCGAUGAUCGAUCGAUUCCAUCGCUAGACAUCCACUGCGGAGAUGACUGAUUAAUGUAGCUCAACAGACAGGCGGCCGGGCCCGGGCAGCCAACGGUUGGUUGCUAGGCAUCUGGCUACGAAUCCGGGCAUCUGGCUGCCAUGGAUGGAACGUACCUGACUAGGAUAAUUUAAACGUAAGUCGCUUUAGGAAAGGCAGAUUCUAGUGAAACCCCCUUGGAUGUCGGAACUGUAACGGAGCAGUGUACAGGACAGUUGAAUUUGUGGCAGCUAGUUCCUUCUAGCGUAUUUCGACGAGUUUCCCAUUUUUUGUUUACAUUUUUCUGCCUCUGUUUGCUAUUAAAGUUUCAUUCAAGAGAUGUAAGAUAUUCGGCUAUUUACCUUCUCAGUGUAGAAGAACUAAAAAUCGUUUUUUAUAUUAUUAGAACUAAAAACUUGAGCACUUUAUUUAUUAAAACUUCAUCUCAUUCGCCUUCGUUAAAUCCCUUUUCUUUCCACCACAAUACAAUUGAGGUGCCGCAGCUUCUCGUUUUAAACGAUCACCUACGGCGUGAAAAAUGUGUGGUUAAAACAAGGCAAAGUAAAAAGUGCGCUAGUUUAAAUGGAACGGGGUCGGGGAGGGUGGCAAAAUCAAUGUUGCUGGCGCUUUGCGUAGCUGUUAGUGUUAAUUACCGUGCAUGUAUCAGGAAGCAUCACGGUCUCGUGAAAGAUCCACUAAGCGCGGCGUUUGCCGUUCGGACGCCUGUGUACAUAAACAUUCUAUGACUAUUUGCUAGCGAGAUUAAAGAUGAGAAACACCCCGAAACGAAAUGGAUGAAUGAAUAGAGCUAAUAAAUUGAAGAGAGAACGAAAUGAUCAAUGAAAUAAAUGACUGUGACUGUCCAACGAAA